AUGCCUCAGGUCUUUGCUUUAGACGCUUCAAAGAGUGGCGUGGCAUUGCUGCUUUAUACUUUGAUGCCGGAAUUCAAUCCCAAAGAAGAGGAAGACAUCGGAACAUCGGAGAAGAUCUCGUCGAUCCGGACAUCAACGCUUCAGAGUCUAAAAAGAAGAGCUGAGCUAGCUCUAUCCUACGUAUUCGCUCUUUCCUAUCAGACUGAACACAUCACUAAUAACUCGCGCAAGGAGGGAACUACCUCAUCGUCCCACCACUGUGAAUCCAUCCUCUUUUCUCUGUGCAUUUCUAUCUCUUCUCGGGAUUCGAUCCGGUUCAACGUCAGCGAAUGCUUGGUUCAAUUCCUAUCACUCAUGAACGUAUGCUUGUCGCCUCUUAUUCUAGAACUGUGGGAGAACGAUAGAGGGAAGAACUUCCAUGAAAUAGUCAAUACGGCGGCUUACCUUGAAUUCCUCACCAAGGAGCAACUGUUGCUUCUGGAGGGUCAACUAAUGGCAUUGGCUGUCACACUUCCUGCCUCUUGCCUUGGGAAAGACGGAACAUCUGGAAUGCCACUAUCGGGAAGAGAAGCAAAAUAUACUCCACCUGAAUGA